AUGUUCAUAAUUCUCUUUCUUUACCCCCAGAAAUUCCGACGGAGGGUGCAGGAGUCCACCCAGGUCCUGAGAGAACUGGAAAUUUCAUUGAGGACCAAUCACAUAGGGUGAGUAAUAAUGAAGAUGAAGUAUGUGAAUGUGAAAAGUGAAAGUCCUGUGUAGGUCCCGUGUAGCUCAGUUGGUAGAGCAUGGCGCUUGCAACGCCAGGGUUGUGGGUUCGAUUCCCACAGGGGGCCAGUAUGAAAAAAAUGUAUGCACUAACUGUAAGUCGCUCUGGAUAAGAGUGUCUGCUAAAUUACUAAAAUGUAAAGUCAAGUGCCGGCGUCCCAAAUGGCACCCUAUGGGCCCUGGUCAAAAAUAGUGCACUGUAAAGGGAAUAGGGUGCCAUUUGGGUCGCAUCCCAGGUCAGCUGGGGUCCCAGGGGGUAAUGAGGCUAGGGUGCAUGCUGGAAGCUGGAGGCUGGAUAAGGGAUGAUAAGGGUCAGCAGGAAGCAGUGGGGGUUGAUGGGACUGGAGCAAGGUCGCUGGUGACACAGCACCACAGACAGACAGCACACUCUGUGACCUUGUGAGGACAGGAAGAAACAGCCCGUGUCCCAAAUGGCACCCUUUUCCCAACAUAGUGCACUACCCGAGCCCCCAGCCACAGACAGGAGACCAGCCAAAGUCCUCUCUCUCUUAUGUUUCAACCCCUUACCCCUUGUUGUGUAGGCCUAUCUCAAUGACAAAGGAAUCCCAGACAAUUCAAAACUCUGUGUGUUGUAUGUGUACCACGUGCUGUACACUGUCUGUGUGGGCCUAAUAUUGUUCUUGGACUAACGCUGUGUGUUAUUUCUCAUUCUAGGUGGGUGAGAGAAUUCCUAAACGAAGAAAACAAAGGCCUGGAUGUACUGGUGGAAUAUCUUUCUUUUGCACAGUACGCUGUCACGUAAGUCACUCUGGCUCGUUUCCCUGUAUAGAUGCCCUCGAAUAGCGCAGGCCAGACAAUGAGCACAACUUUUUUGCCUAAUCAGUGAUGCAUCUCCUCGACACUGCAGCCUGCUUCGUUCUCAGAAACACUGAGUCACUAGUCGAAUGUGGCGACCGACUGGCUCCCGAGACGCUGAUUGCGUCCCAAAUGGCACCCUAUUCCCUAUAUAGUAUGCACAUUUUGACCAGAGCCCUAUGGGCCCUGGUCAAAAGUAGUGCACUACAUAGGGAAUAGGGUGCCAUUUGCCACGCAUACAUUCGCUCUGUGUGGCAUAUAGAUUCUAUUCAUAGAUGGCGUGAUUACUCGGUCACAAGGUUUCCAUUCAGAGCCAAUGGCAUUUUUAACGUGGCAGUUACAUUUUUGAUUUACUUUCUGACCUUAUGUUAUUGGUCUGUCCAACGCAUUUCUAAUGGUUACCCCAUCAGUGAGUGCUUACCUUGAUUACCCAGGUACGAGUUAGUCCCCUGCCUUUCCAUUAGAAAAUAGCCACAGGUAUUUUUUCCCUCCUGAAAUUUGAAAUAAGAGACACCUCUAUAUGACUUUUAUACAGUUCCCCUUUUCCUUCCAGACUUUAAUACUGUAUUAAACAGAUUAAGGCUGUAUCUUAAAUGGCACCCUAUCCCCUAUGUGGUGCACUACUUUUGACCAGAGCCCUAUGGGUAAAGUAUUGCACGAUAAAGAGAAUACGGUGCUAUUUGGGACAUUGUUGGACUGUGGUCAGAGAGUACAGAAAUGUACUAGGUUCUUUAAGCCCCCUGUCCUGUCCUGGAUGUUCCCCUCUCCAGGUUUGAUGGCGACAGCGUGGAGAACAACCCGGAGAACUCGGUGGACAAGCCCUGGAGCAGAUCAAUAGAGGACCUCCAUAGGGGGAGUAACCUCCCGUCCCCCGUCAGUGGGAACAGCAUUUCCCGCGCCGGGCGACACUCCACGCUACGGUAAACAACACACACAUCACCUCAACACCAGACAUUACAGGUUAGAGGCUACUAUAAGGUCACACUACAAUGAUAACCAGGUCCUAAUUCUGUAUUUAAAACUCUAUAUGUUUGUUGUAUAAGAAAUGGUUUGAAAUGUAAUAAUUGUGUUUCACUUAGUCUGGACUGUCAUAGUUCCCUAGUUUGCUAUUAUAGGUUCAUGCAUGUGUUUGCAUGUGAUGUCUGAAAAGGCCCUUUGUUGUGGUCAUGAGGCCAUUAAGUCUUUAAAUGGCUUAAGACAUGUUUCAGUGUGGCACGGAAUGGCAGGAUAAAGGAUGGGGGGGUGUUUUCCAGAGCUGUGUCUCAAAUGGCAUCUUAUUCCCAAUAUAGUGCACUACUUUUAAUGAGCCACGGUCAAAAGUAGUGCACUACAUAGGGAAUAGGGUGCAAUUUGGGACCAGGACUUUUAUUGGGUCGUCUGACUCAUAAUGACCCCCUGGCUGGCUGUUAUGGAAUAUGAUAUUUCUGCCGCAUGUCUCUGACAAUGGGGUUUUCGUGGCUUCUGAACAAGCUGGAAAUCCUCUUUUCUAACACUAUCUUUUCCGCAGGGAUUUUACAAAUAUUACAUGCUAUGUCAUGAAUAUGAUACGAAUUCUACAUAUUUUUGAAUAAUUGGGUGAACAUUAAACAUUGAACAUUGGAAUUCUCCCUGUUUCCUUUAAACCAGGGUCAUUUAAUUUGGAUUAUAGGCGGCAAACAUAGUUAAUGCAUACUAGGACUCAAAUCUCAUCCAAUUAUGCAUAUUUCUGACUCUGUUAAUCCCCGCUGUCGUUUCAAUGAUGUCCCAGUGUGUUAUUCCCAUUGACUUCACACAUAGACGGCUAAUUCUUUUUUUCUGACUGUCAGUAACUCACGGGUCUUACAAGAAACGUUACACAAAGAGAACCAUUGACACCCUGUAGCACAUGUCAUAUAAAUCCCAACGUUAUCCUAACUCUCAUAUAGUGGAUUAAUUAAGAUACAUUCAUUUUCAAUUAAUCUGAACUCACUACACAUAGGCUUCUUCUCUCAGUAUACAUACAGGCCAGUUAGUGUGUCCCAAAUGGCACCCUAUUCCCUAUAUACUGUAGCCUAGUGCACACCUUUGACCAGAGCUCUAUGGGCAGUGUUCAAAAGUAGCAUACUUUAUAGGGAAUAGCGUGCUAGCACCUAUGUACAAGGGCCUGUGGGGUUAGUGUUAGUACUUCUGUCAAGCAACUGUGCUAUCAGAUGAAAGAUACUAUAGGAGACUAAGGCAACGGUGCGUCCCAAAAUGGCACCCUAUUCCCUAUAUAGUGCACUACUUUUGACCAGUGGCACCCUAUUCCCUAUAUAGUGCACUGGUUUUGAAAAGUAGUGCAAUAUAGGGAAUAGGGUGCCAUUCGGGACCCAUACAAUGCCUUCAGGAAGUAUUCAUACCCCUUGACUUAUUCCACAUUUUGUGUUACAGCCUGAAUUCAUAAUACCCCAUAAUGACAAAGUGAAAACAUGGUUUUAGAAAUGUUUGCAAAUGUAUUGAAAAUGAAAUACAGAAAUAUCACAUUUACAUAAGUAUUCACACCCGAGUCAAUACAUGGUAGAAUUUACUUUGGCACGACUACAGCUGUAAGUCUUUCUGGGAUUGUCUCUAAGAGCUUUGCACACCUGGAUUGUACAAUAUGUACACAUUAUUCUUUAAAAAAUUAUUCAAGCUCUGUCAAGUUGGUUGUUGAUCAUUGCUAGACAGGUAUUUUCAAGUCUUGCCAUAGAUUUUCAAACUUAGCUCUAUUCUGUUUCUUUGUAUCCUAAAAAACUCCCUAGUCCUUGCCGAUGACAAGCAUACCCAUAACAUGAUGCAGCCACCACCAUGCUUGAAAAUAUGAAGAGUGGUACUAGGUGGAUGUGUUGUGUUGGAUUUUUUUAUUCUGUACAGGCUUCCUUCUUUUAACUCUGUCGUUUAGGUUAGUAUUGUGGAGUAACUACAAUGUUGUUGAUCCAUCCUCAGUUUUCUCCUAUCACAGCCAUUCAACUCUAUAAUUGUUUUAAAGUGAUCAUUGACCUCAAGGUGAAAUCCCUGAGGUUUCCUUCCUCUCUGGUAACUGAGUUAGGAAGGACGCCUGUAUAUUUGUAGUGACUAGGUGUAUUGAUACACAAUCCAAAGUGUAAUUAAUAACUUCACCAUGCUCAAAGGGUUUUCAAUGUCUGCUUUUUUUUUCUUUCUACCUAUCUACCAAUAGGUGCCCUUCUUUGCGAGGCAUUGGAAAACCUCCCAUGUCUUUGUGGUUGAAUCUGUGUUUGAAAUUCACUGCUUGACUGAGGGACUGACCUUACAGAUAAUUGUAUGUGGGGGGUACAGAAAUUAGGUAGUCGUUCAAAGAUCAUCUUAAAAGUCCAUGCAACUUAUUAUGUGACUUGUUAAGCACAUUUUUACUCCUGAACUUAUUUAGGCUUGCCAUAACGAAGGGGUUAAAUACUUAUUACACUCAAAACAUUUCAGCUUUUCAUUUGUUAUUAAUUUGUACAAAUGUCAAAAAACAUAAUUCCAUGUUGACAUUAUGGGGUAUUGUGUGUAGGCCAGUGACACAAAAUCUAAAUGUAAUCAAUUUUAAAUUCAUGCUGUAACACAACAAAAUGUGGAAAAAAAUCAAGGGGUAUGAAUACUUUCUGAAGGCACUGUAUGUGAAUGGCAGCUGUAUGAACAUCAUAAGGUGACACUGAGAACUGAUGUUGACUGGUGUUCUGUCCUUCCUCCUCUAGCCGCCUGCUCUGUGCUCCAGUCUUCAGCAGCAGCAGGCAGGUCUACUCAGUACACAGUGUCGCUCACGGUGCUGUCUGUUAGCUCUAGCAAUCAGCUUCCAUUGCCAAGCUGUGGCCCAGUGUGUAGAGGGGUUGAAGGGGAGUUGCUACUACCUCUAUUGUGGUCUUCCUGUAGACAUUUCUGUUCCCAUUUAGAGCAAAUGGCUGUUUGUUCCGGCAUUGUUUCUGCUUUUGUAUGUCUCCUUGAGCAGGCUAUAUGAUGCGGGUAGUUGUGCAAGUAGUAGCUGGCUACAACCAAACCAUUCUGUACUUUGGAUGUGUAAACUAAAAUGAUGUUAUCUGUACUAUUAUUCCUUAGUUACCUCCUAACACAGACUGACAAGUCAAGGUAAUUAACAUUAGCGUUAUUAGUAUUUAUUCAUAUUUCCAACAUACAGAACCUUUACCGUGUCACAAUUUUAUCCCUCCCAAGUCAAUCAUUGUUGUCACUUUUCUGAUGUCAUAUUGAAUUAUAUGUAUUUUUCUUAAAACCUCACGGCAAACUCGAAGGACACCGAGCUCUUUGAAAUGCCCAAAGUAUUCGCAAGGACGAUGGUAUGUCUUCUGUUUCCCCCCAGGGUUUCCUAGAAAUAUUAGCCUACUGUAGUUUAUAGUUGUGUUUGUCAAAGUAUUGUUGUACUGUAGUGAGAUGUGAUGUCCACUAUAUGUGUAUCCCAAAUGGCACCCUAUUCCCUAUGUAGUGCACUACUUCUGACCAGAGCCCUAUGUAAAGUAUUGCACUAAAUCGGAUAUAAGGUGCCAUUUGGAACUCAGCCUUAGACUAUGCUUUAUUAGCUUUAGUGUUGAAAUAACGUCCAUGAAAACAUAGUUGGAAGGCCUUUGAGGAUCUUUUAUGGGUUCUAAGUCGGUACCAAACAAGGCCUGUCAAAGCAAGCCCACCGUGCUUACAUUGCAUCAGGGUGAAUGACUGUCUCUUUUUACUCAUAGUCCUGUCAUCACACAUCAUUCUGUCUGUGUGGUUAAGAAACAUAGCAUACGUCCCAAAUGGCACCCUAUUCCCUAUGUAGUCUCUUUCCCUCAAAUCCCUCAUUCUACCAAUCGUUUCCGCUGCCUGGUUGCAGGCAGGCUGAGUGCUGGAAAUAUUUUUCUGUAAUUAUAUUUUUCUGUAAAAUCGUAGUUCUUGAAGAACACCGCCGCCCGUCGCUGGCUGCGUGUGAGGCGAUGUUCCAAUUCUGUCACCGGCUUGUGAAGCAGCGAGUGCAUUUAUGUGAGGAAACUUGUUUUGCACUACGUAGGCUCAUGCACCUAAAUAGAACAAAGAGCACACACACACACACACACAAAGACACACAAAGUCAUUCAUACACACACCCCACACACUGUUUUGCUAUUUUACCUUUACUACACGCAAACGUCAUAACUGGUUGCUUGCUGCUGAAUAGCUCUCAUUCAUGGAACCAGUGAGAAACAUCAGACCAUGAAGACCAACCAUCUACUGUGAUUUAGUAGAUUGUUUAGAAGACCCAACUACAGCCAGUAUGUUGAUCUGUCCCUAUUUACCCUCAUCACAAAUCCUUAUCAAAGCUUAGUCACACUGUCUCAGCCUCUCACACACACACACACACACACACACACACACACACACACACACACACACACACACACACACAACACACACACACACACACACACACACACACACACACACACACACACACACACACACACAGACACACGCACACACACACACACACACACACACACAGACACACACACACACACACACACACACACACACACACACACAAACACACACAGACACACACACACAGACACACACACACACACACACACACAAACACACACAGACACACACACACACACACACACAGACACACACACACACACACACACACACACACACACACACACACACACACACACAGACACACACACACAAACACACACACACACACACACACACACAAACACACACACACACACACACACACACACACACACCACACUGAAGACAGAGUCAGAGCUUUAAGGCUUCAGUGCUGUCAUGAAUCAGUGUGUGUGUGUGUGUGUAGCCUGAAGGUACCUUUUCCAGAACCAUGGCUGGUGGGGAAAGCCUUAUGACAUGCAGGGCUGAAAAUAACCAGUCUUAUGUCCCUGGCUGGAUUGAGCUGUGCUGGACUGUGUUCAGUAGCACAUGCUCAUGCACGCACACACACCCACACCAGCGAUGUGCUACUCAAGCGCUCUCCUUUCAUUGUGAGAAAGGGGUCAGGAGAAAGGCCCUCUUUCGCUAACGUUUUGUCUCCACAAAGCUGGCCUGAUCACCUCCAUGCAUGCAAAUGACUUGCUGCCAUUGUACUAGUUGUAAGUGAUAUUUUUGUGCAGGAUAGUUAAAUGAAAACAAUCACACGGUCUCCCCUCUGGCCUCUGAGUAAGGCAGUGGAUUACACAGCUCUUUGUGUGUCCAUGUAACGUGCCAUGGAGUUGAAUGUCUACUUUGAAAAACGACGGGGUGCAGGAAUGGUAUGUGGGCUGCUCCAGUUCACAGAUGACAUCUGUUUUCUUGUUUACCAAGCCAUGUGUCUCUUUGUUCGUAUGGAUUCGGAGACGCCUUCUGCUGUGAAAACACUCCUAUGUCCAUAUGUUUCAGUUGCAACGCGUUGCCGAGCCGGAGAACCCUGAAGAACUCCCGGCUGGUCUGUAAGAAGGACGACGUUCACGUCUGCAUCAUGUGCCUGCGAGCCAUCAUGAACUACCAGGUGAGAGUCUCUCCAGUCCCCAUGCUAACCCAAUACGUGGCGUGCGUCCCAAAUGGCACCCUAUUCCCUAGCUCUGGUCCAAAAGUAUUGCACUAUGUAGGGAACAGGGUGCCAUUUGGGACGUAGAUGGAGGGUUGAAGCACACGCACACACACACGCAGACACACACCCUCAUCCAUCAUCGGCCAAAUUCAAUUUGUCGUCAACCAUGUUUUCCGCAACACAUCAUUUCUCAAGUUUCCCUUUAUUAUGUUAAAGGAGUCACUCCCUGUUUAUUAAAGAGAUCUCUCCCCUUUUUCUCUCCUUUCCUCCCUCCAUCCCUCUCUUGCUCCAUCUAUUUUGGAUGACCCAGUACGGCUUCAACAUGGUGAUGUCCCACCCGCAUGCUGUGAAUGAAAUUGCACUAAGUCUCAACAAUAAGAAUCCCAGGUAAGAUGGAAGCGUUGUGUUGAACAGCUCCUCUAGUUCUUAGUGAUAUGGGGCCAAGAUUCAUAAAGUGUCUCAAAGUACUAGUGCUGAUCUAGGAUCAGGUCCCCUCUGUCUAUAUUAUCACAUUCAUUAUGAUCUAAAAGGCUAAACUGAUUGUAGAUCAGCACUCCUGACUCUUAAUGAAUACAAGCCCUUCCCUACCCUUAUUGCUGCACCAGCUCUGCACCUGCUCUUUCAACGUCCAAAUGGUGUGUGAAGCCAGCAUCCAGCACUAACUCAUUUAUCCAGCCAGCCAGCCAGACAGCCAGCUCAGGGCACCGCUGGCACACUGCUAAACACUGGCAGCUGCACAGAACCCCAGGCAACAGGAGGGGCGUUUUAUUCAGGCCCCUGGGUGUUGUUUAUUGAAGUGUGUGUAGCGUGUGUGUCUUUGUGUCUGCGUGCGUGAGAACAGAAACCUGUGUGAGUGCAUUGUGUGUGUUUGUGCUGGGUUUAAGGGGCUUGUGAGCUGUCUCAAAUCAUCGAUCACAUAACAUCUCUACUGUAGUCUGUGACCCAGGCAGAGAAUUCCUCUAGGAUUAGAAUAGAAAAUAAUAUAAUAUUUUUACUUUUAAUGAAUGAGCUAAUGGUACAGGGUACCACCCUACCACUGCAUCACCCGAAGGGAUUAUGGCUGAAGGAUUCACUCGGUAAUAUACAUUUCAUUGAAUCCCUUGGAUUAGAUCAACAGACCUGCUUAUCAUAUAAUACAUGUUCUGAUAUUAGAUAGACAUUUUAGAUCCAGCCAUGUGAUCUGAUAAAACACAUUAUGUAACCUUGGAUAAACCUUGGUAGUGCGUACAGCCCAGUACAUCACUGGGGCCAAGCUUCCUGCCACCCAGGACCUAUAUACUAGGCGGUGUCAGAGGAAGGCCCAAAAUACACUGCUAAAAAAAAUAAAGGGAACAGUUAAAAAACACAAUGUAACUCCAAGUCAAUCACACUUCUGUGAAAUAAAACUGUCCACUUAGGAAGCAACACUGAUUGACAAUAAAUGUCACAUGCUGUUGUGCAAAUGGAAUAGACAACAGGUGGAAAUUAUAGGCAAUUAGCAAGACACCCCCAAUAAAGGACUGGUUUUGCAGGUGGUGACCACAGACCACUUCUCAGUUCCUAUGCUUCCUGGCUGAUGUUUUGGUCACUUUUGAAUGCUGGUGGUGCUUUCACUCUAGUGGUAGCAUGAGACGGAGUCUACAACCCACACAAGUGGCUCAGGUAGUGCAGCUCAUCCAGGAUGGCACAUGAAUGCGAGCUGUGGCAAGAAGGUUUGCUGUGUCUGUCAGUUUGUAGUGUCCAGAGCAUGGAGGCGCUACCAGGAGACAGGCCAGUACAUCAGGAGACGUGGAGGAGUUUUAACUUGUUUUAAGGACAUUACAUCAAAGUUGGAUCAGCCUGUAGUGUGGUUUUCCACUUUAAUUUUGAGGGUGACUCCAAAUCCAGACCUCCAUGGGUUGAUAAAUUUGAUUUCCAUUGAUAAUUUUUGUGUGAUUUUGUUGUCAGCACAUUCAACUAUGUAAAGAAAAAAGUAUUUAAUAAGAUUAUUUCAUUCAUUCAGAUCUAGGAUGUGUUAUUUUUUGUGUUCCCUUUAUUUUUUGGAGCAGUGUAUUUUCUUACCUCUAUUUUCUUAAAACGACAUUGUUGGUUAAGGGCAUUUCACGGUGAGGUCUACACCUGUUGUAAUCGGCGCAUGUGACAAAUAGAACUUGAUUUGAUUUGAUGGCAUCCUAUUCCCUUCAUAGUGCCCUACUAUUGACCAGGGUCCAUGGAGCUCUGGUCCAAAGUAGUGCACUAGAAAGGGUAUAGGGUGCCAUUUGGGAUGCAACCAUUACGUAACCUUGUGGUAGAAAUGAUGGGUUGGUAUGGGCAGUGGCACCACGCUAUGUUAACCGUUCAUUCGUUUCUUUUUCUCCUUUCCCAGAACCAAAGCUCUGGUGUUGGAGCUGCUGGCUGCUAUGUGUCUGGUGAGGGGAGGACACGAAAUCAUCCUCUCUGCGUUCGACAACUUCAAGGAGGUGUGGUAUGGGGGAUGCGCGGAGCAAGACGAUAAUGCUAUGCUAUUGUGACAGUGUCAUUUCACGUAGUUCACGUAGUGAGUCAUGUAGUAGGAGGAUAUUAUCGAAGAAUGCAGUGCAGCGCUGGCUGUAUCAAAGGCUUUAACAUGUUGCUCCGCAUCUCUCAGCCGGAAAGGCAGUUCACUGACCUCUCAGGCCCACAGAGAAAGCAGUUAUGUGUUUGUUAGUGAUUUGACAGGCCCUUCACAUAUAUAUCAUAACAAAUGUGAGACCUAUUUAGUACAGCCUGAUCAGGGGCUGUUUGUAUUAAGUGUCUCAGAGUAAGAGUGCUGUUCCAGGACCAGGUCUCCCUGUCCAUGCAAUCUUCAGUUCAUUACGAUCUAAAAGGGAGAACUGAUCCUAGAUCAACACUCAUACCCUGUGUUGUAUGCAGUUGAGUGUGUAGAGUAGGAGUAAGGUGGAGUCUGGGGUGGCUUGGCAUCUCUACAGCAGUCCCAGUUGUAGGCUGGCUCGGGGAAAUUGGGCCGACUUCACUUAAUGCAAUAUUUACACCCAGAAUGAAAUAUUGAGCAUUACUUUCUAUUGCAUUUCACUGUUAUUAGAGGUGGAAUAGCAACUUCUAGCGCUCAGAGCUGCUCCCGCAGAAGGUAGAGACAUAGCCAUGUGUGCCACAGCACUAUUAAAGUCAAUGGAUAGCGAUUGACCCUUUGCAAUAUAUGUGGUUAGAUUAUUUUAUUGGUCACAUUGGACAAUCGUUAUUGGUUGGCAGUGUCAUAUAAAUUGUAAUAUAAAAACAAUGCUUUCUUUUUCAGCUUUUUGUGUUUUAUGCAAAGAACUGAUACAAUCCGAGUGUUAUGUUGGCUUGCUUGAGUUGAGAUCGAGCUCUCCCUCGUUGAGGAGGCUUGUUGUGAGGGGUUCUUGACUCCCCGCUCCGUGGGCUAGAAAGGGUUGUUUGAGUGGGGGGCAGGGUGCAGGCUGGGGCACAGAGCAUUGUGUGUGAGGGCUGCUCUUAUGCACUCCACUCCCCUCUCUUCCCUCUCUCCUCCUCAUCUCCUUGGCUCUUUAUCUCUCCUCUGACUUUCUCCUCUUCCCUGCUUCUGAGCACUGUCUCUUUCUGUCUCUCUCUCUCUCUGUCUCUGUCUCUCUAUCCCCUCAAGAGUCUCUACCUAUGUUACUCGGUAUAAAUCUACUGUGCUGAUUAUAUAUCUAAAUCUAGCAGUCUCUCUCUAUAUGUAUCGAUCAUAUGACAUGUUUUGUUAAGAUAUCUAAGAGUCUCUGUUUCUAGGAGAACUCACAACUCUAACCUUCCUCCCCUUCCCACUCCCCAACCAUCCACCCCCCCCCUCUCUCUAUCUCUCUCUCUCUCUCUCUCUCUCUCUAUCUCUCUCUCUCUCUCUCUCAUUAAAUUUCAAUUUCAAUUUAAGGGCUGUAUUGGCAUGGGAAACGUUAUGUUAACAUUGCCAAAGCAAGUGAAGUAGAUAGUAAACAAAAGUGAAAUAAACAAUAAAUAUUAACAGUAAACAUUACACUCAGAAGUUCCAAAAGAAUAAAGACAUUUCAAAUGUCAUAUUAUGUAUAUAUACAGUGUUGUAACAAUGUGCAAAUAGUUAAAGUACAAAUGGGAAAAUAAAUAAACAUAAAUAUAGGUUGUAUAAUACAAUGGUGUUUGUUCUUCACUGGUUGCCCUUUUCUUGAGGCAACAGGUCACAAAUCUUGCAGCUGUGAUGGCACACUGUGGUUUUUCACCCAGUAGAUAAGGGAGUUUAUCAAAAUUGGGUUUGUUUUCGAAUUCUUUGUGGAUCGCUGUAAUCUGAGGGAAAUAUGUGUCUCUAAUAUGGUCAUACAUUUGGCAGAAGGUUAGGAAGAGCAGCUCAGUUUCUCUGUCUCUCUGUCUCUCUCUCUCUCUCUCUGUCUCUCUCUCCCUCUCUGUCUCUAUCUCUCUUUCUCUCUCUCUUCUCUCCUCCCAUCCUCUCUCUCUUUCUCUCGCUCUCACCCCUCUCUCUCUCUCCCCCUCCCUCUCUCUCUCUCUCUCUCUUUUCUCUCUCUCUUCUCUCUCCCCCCCCUCUCUCUCAGAGAUGUAGAUAUGGUAAUCACAGUGGGAGAAAAUAGGUCAUGUGUGUUUAAAAAGCCAGCCCUAUGCCAGGGGAGGUUUCACCAUGUCGGGGCUCCGCUUCAUAUUUUAGCAGGGAGGUAGCAAGAGUGAUGGGAGGGAGUGAGAAGUCAGUACAUGGGUAGGUUUUGCAUAAGGCAGAGAAUAUGACGGAAACCUUUCAUUUCUCAACCUGAGGUAAUAAAGUAUGCUCCAUUGCAAAGAGUGAGGCUGCUUCCCAAAUGGCACCCUAUUUCGUAUGUAGUGUACUACUUUUGACCAGGGCCCAUAAAAAAGGAAUGAUUAUUUUUCUUGCAGGUGUGUGCUGAGACACAGAGGUUCGAGAGGCUGAUGGAACACUUCAAGGACAUGGACAACAACAUAGACUUUAUGGUACACAACAUUUCCACUGGACUAGCUAUCGAUUGUUAGGCUACAUCAUAUCCUGAAAUCACAGACCCUGUCGCUUGACAUGUAAUUAAUUAUAUCAUUAGCCAACCACACGCAAGGAAUCCUCGCCAACUCAGUUUAUUUUGUGACAGAAUUCCUACUAAUACGUUUGAAUAGAAAUAGAUGAGGCGGCAACAAAAUACAUGUGUGUGCACCAACAAAAUACAUGUUUUUUCUCAAUGUGCCACACUGCCUCCUCUUCGAGGCUCCCCAUUGGUCUGUGCAUGUUGUGUGUCCCAAAUGGCAUGUGACUGGCAUGAGAGUCCAACCAGUCACAAGUCCACUCUGAGCCAUUUGGUAGCGGGCCAGUCAUUUGACAUGAGAACGAAAGCAAACAGAUUUGUCAGACGGGGCUGGCAUCUCUCAGACAGUUGACUUUGAGCUUCUUAAGGAAGUCCAUUAAGACAGUAUUAGCAGGGUGACAAGAAUGCGCUGACAUUGUGGCACUCCACUGUGUACAUUAGACUGAUGAGGUUGUGUCCCAAAUGGCACCCUAAUCCCUGUGUAGUGCCCUACUUUUGACCAGAGCCCUGGUCAAAGGUAGUGCACUACACAGGGAUUAGGGUGCCAUUUGGGACACAGCCUGAAGUGACUUCCUUUAUCAGCCCAUUUAGCAAGAUGGAUGCAGCCAUGUCAUUUCCAUACACAUGCUUAUUUACAGGCCCUGGAGUCUGUGGAUGAGUCCCAAAUGGCAUCCUAUUCUCUUUAUAGAGCACUACUUUUGACCAGGGCCAAUAGGGCUCUGGUCAACAGUAGUGCACUAUAUAUGGAGAAGGGUACCAGUUGGGACACACUCUACAAGUAUCCCCUGUAAAUGCAUUGGAUGUUUUGGUUUCGCUUGGUGCGAAAUCACUCUGAAUGCGUUUUCAAUGCUUGCUGAUGCCUAUAGGUGGCGUGUAUGCAGUUCAUCAACAUCGUGGUCCACUCAGUAGAGGACAUGAACUUCAGGGUACACCUGCAGUACGACUUCACCAAGCUCUGUCUGGACGACUACCUGGAUGUAAGUACCCCGUGUAUCUAGCCAAGUUAUCGGUACUCCUGUAUUUAUUCCUCGUGUUAUAAUUUUUCUACUAUUUCUAUUUGUUUCUCUCUGUAUUGUUGGGAAGGGCCCGUAAGUAAGCAUUUCACUGUUAGUCUACACCUCUUGUUUACGAAGCAUGUGACAAAUAACAUUUUGAUUUGAAGUAGAUGUACAGUAGAUAUAAAGAUCACAAUAUAAAUAAGUUGUUUUUGUGUUAUCCCCAAUAUAGACUGGGAACAACAUGGAACAUGUCAUAGGCUUUUCAUUGACUGUCUGUCUGUCUGUAUAUGUAGAAGCUGAAGCACACGGAGAGUGACAAGCUGACAGUGCAGAUUCAGGCAUACCUGGACAACGUGUUUGACGUAGGUGCCCUGCUUGAGGACGCCGAGACCAAGAACGCUGCGCUGGAGCGCGUGGAGGAGCUGGAGGAGAACAUGUCACAUGUGAGAGGACACGACAACCACGCACAGGCUUACUGUCUCCAUCCAUUGCCUCCUCAUGACGCUCGAUGCUGGCUGCCUACAGACGACUCUUGCCACCCUACACUUUACACUUUUUAAUAACUCACUCCACCCGUCCCUACUCUCUGAAUCCUUAAUUACUCUUUCACCACUUCAAUCCCAUCUCUUAGUCCAGUCUGCUCUCAUCUAGUGCCUGUGACUGUAUUUAGUCUGUUUUGACAUACUGACUUCUAUUUGAUGCCAUACAGACGUCAGCGUGCUGUACUGUACAGUGUUAGGGGGGGGAUCUGACAACAUGUACAGUGUGCCUUUAAAUCUCUGUCAUACCAGCUUUCCAUCACAUGCCUCUCUCUCAAAGGCCCUUUAGAUUAGUCUCAUGCUUUCAGUUAGCAGUCAACACACACACACACACACACACAUUUUUGUUCAGGUCAGGAUGUCCACAAACACCAGAUUAAGGGCAUUUGACAUGAAUGUUUUGAUGGCUAAUGCACAGACAUAUCCUACAUUUACAUUUUAGUCAUUUAGCAGACACUCUUAUCCAGAGCGACUUACAGUUAGUGAGUGCAUCCAUUUUUCAUACUGGCCCCCCGUGGGAAUCGAACCUACAACCCUGGCGUUGCAAGCGCCAUGCUCUACCAACUGAGCUACAAGAGACCCUUACAGUGUCACAACAGUACACAUGGAUGAUGUAAAAUGAUGCAUGAUUUGCACACACAUACACCUUUUAUGUAAUAAACCGCUGUUUAAUAUGACCUGCAUAAAUGUGUGUUAAGGACUGCAAACACUUUGUUGGGUUGUGACUAGUGAUGGCCACCAAUAUCGAUCAUUCGAUAUGAUAUUGUUGAGCAAGCUAUAUCAUAAUAUAUUUUUAUCCAUCCUGUUAGCCUACACUGUUAUGUACAAAAGCGUUGACUGUACCUGCAUGCACAAAACCCUCUCACAGUUCUCUGUGUAUCCAUGGCAUGUUGUCAUCUGACCUGACCCUUGAACGUUGACCUUUGCUCUCCAAGAUGACGGAGAAGCUGCAGGACACGGAGAACGAGGCCAUGUCCAAGAUUGUGGAGCUGGAGAAACAGCUGAUGACGCGCAACAAGGAGCUGGACUCGAUCCGGGUGAGACUCACUCCCCUUCACUCACUGUCCCCUAAAUCAACAGGGGAGAGAAGUGAAUAACAUUGCUAGACAGACACAGGUCGAUAAUUCUCAAGGCCCAUUUGUAUAAUGCAUCUAAGAGUAGGAGUACUGAUCUAGGAUCAGGUCCCCUCUGUCCAUGUAAUCUUAUUCGUUAUGAUCUAAAAGGUUAAACUGAUCCUACAGUCGUGGGCAAAAGUUUUGAGAAUGACACAAGUAUUGGUCUUCACAAAGUUCGCUGCUUCAGUGUUAUGAGAUAUUUUUGUCAGAUGUUACUAUGGUAUACUGAAGUAUAAUUACAAGUAUUCCAUAAGUGUCAAAGGCUUCUAUUGACAAUGACAUUCAGUUUAUGCAAAAAGUCAAUAUUUGCAGUGUUGACCCUUCUUUUUCAAGACCUCUUCCCUGGCAUGCUGUCAAUUAACUUCUGGGCCACAUCCUGACUGAUGGCAGCCCAUUCUUGCAUAAUCAAUGCUUGGAGUUUGUCAAAAGUUGUGGGUUUUUGUUUGUCCACCCGCCUCUUUUGAGUGUCGAUGUUUGUUCCCCGAGCCACUUAGUCAUCACUAUUUUCCUUAUGGCAAGGUGCUCCAUCAUGCUGGAAAAGGCAUUGGUCAUCAACAAACUGUUCUUGGACGGUUGGGAGAAGUUGCUCUCGGAGGAUGUGUUGGUACCAUUCUUUAUUCAUGGCUGUGUUCUUAGGCAAAAUUGUGAGUGAGCCCACUCCCUUGGCUGAGAAGCAACCCCACACAUGAAUGGUCUCAGGAUGCUUUACUGUUGGCAUGACACAGGACUGAUGGUAGCGCUCACCUUGUCUUCUCCGGACAACGUGUUUUCCAGAUGUCCCAAACAAUCGGAAAGGGGAUUCAUCAGAGAAAAUGACUCUACCCCAGUCCUCAGCAGUCCAAUCCCUGUACCUUUUGCAUAAUAUCAGUCUGUCCCCGAUGUUUUUCCUGGAGAGAAGUGGCUUCUUUGCUGCCCUUCUUGACACCAGGCCAUCCUCCAAAAGUCUUCGCCUCACUGUGCGUGCAGAUGCACUCACACCUGCCUGCUGCCAUUCCUGAGCAAGUUCUGCACUGGUGGUUGUCACACCCUGGCUCUGGGACUCAUUAUGUUGAGCCAGGGUGUGUUCAUUCUUUGUGUUUAUUCUAUGUGUUAUAUGUCUAUGUUGUGGGUUCUAGUUUGUUUUAUUCUAUGUUUGCCUGAGUGACUCCCAAUCAGAGGCAACGAGUGUCAGCUGUUGGCUGGUUGUCUCUGAUUGGGAGCCAUAUUUAUACUGUCUAUGUUUCCCUUUGUGUUUGUGGGUUUUUGUUCCGUGUUCGGUCAUUGAUACCGUUGGACGUCACGAGUCGUUUCUUGUUUUGUAUUGUGUUUAAACUUUAACUAAUUAAAGUAUGUUUGUUCAUCACGCUGCGCCUUGGUCUGUUCCAUAUGACGAUCGUGACAGAAAAACCCACGAUGCAACGACCAAGCAGCGUGUCCAGGGGCAGCUCUUGGGCUGGACAUGGGAGGAAGCGCCGGGAGAAGAGACGGUGGAGGCGCGCCGUAGAGAGGAGCAACGGCGUGAUCAGGGUCGUCGUCGGGCGGUCGAGAGGCAACCCCAGAACAUUUUUAGGGGGGGGGGCACACGGCAUGGACGACGGGGCUGACGGAGGCAAAAAAGGGGCGGAUUCUGGAGGCCACCAGGUUACGGAUACACCGCCCUGUACGUCCUGUGCGGAUGCCUCACACAGAGUGUGUGAGGGUAGGCAUUCAGCCAGGACAGGUUGUGGCCGCUCUUCACUCCAGGGCUCCUAUCCGUCUCCACAGCCCGGUUCGGCCUGUCCCUGCUCCACGCACCAAGCCUACGGUGUGCGUCGCCAGCCCAGUCCGGCCAGUCCCUGCUCCACGCACCAAGCCUACGGUGUGCGUCGCCAGCCCGGUCCGGUCUGUCCCUGCUCCACGCACCAAGCCUACGGUGUGCGUCGACAGCCCAGUCCGGCCAGUCCCUGCUCCACGCACCAAGCCUACGGUGUGCGUCGACAGCCCAGCCCGGCCUGUCCCUGCUCCACGCACCAAGUAUACGGUGCGCGUCGCCAGCCCGGCCCGGCCUGUUCCUGCCACUCGCACCAAGUAUACGGUGCGCGUCGCCAGCCCGGCCCGGCCUGUUCCUGCCACUCGCACCAAGUCUACGGUGCGCGUCGCCAGCCCGGCCCGGCCUGUUCCUGCCACUCGCACCAAGCCAGGGGUGCGAGUCGUCAGCCUGGUAAGGCCCGUCCCUCCUCCACGCACCAAGCCAGGGGUGCGAGUCGUCAGCCUGGUAAGGCCCGUCCCUCCUCCACGCACCAAGCCAGGGGUGCGCGUCGUCAGCCUGGUAAGGCCCGUUCCUCCUCCACGCACCAAGCCAGGGGUGCGCGUCGUCAGUCCAGCACAACCCGUGCCUGGGUCACCGGUGCCUGGUAAGGUACCGGUCAACUGCUCCACGAUGGAGUUGAAGCUAACCGCUCCUGCUAAGUCCAGUUCGGCUCCAGCCGGCGGGGCCAGACUGGACCAGGGGCGCUAUGGGGGGUGUAUUGGAGGGUGGUGGUCAAGGCCGGAGCCAGAACCGCCGCCGAGGAGGUAUGCCCGCCCAGCCCUCCCCUGUUUUGUUUAGUUGAGGCGCGGUCACAGUCCGCGCCUUUAGGGGGGGGUACUGUCACACCCUGGCUCUGGGACUCAUUAUGUUGAGCCAGGGUGUGUUCAUUCUUUGUGUUUAUUCUAUGUGUUAUAUGUCUAUGUUGGGGGUUCUAGUUUGUUUUAUUCUAUGUUUGCCUGAGUGACUCCCAAUCAGAGGCAACGAGUGUCAGCUGUUGGCUGGUUGUCUCUGAUUGGGAGCCAUAUUUAUACUGUCUAUGUUUCCCUUUGUGUUUGUGGGUUUUUGUUCCGUGUUCGGUCAUUGUUACCGUUGGACGUCACGAGUCGUUUCUUGUUUUGUAUUGUGUUUAAACUUUAACUAAUUAAAGUAUGUUUGUUCAUCACGCUGCGCCUUGGUCUGUUCCAUAUGACGAUCGUGACAGUGGUGCCCCGAUCCCGCAGCUGAAUCAACUUUAGGAGACGGUCCUGGCGCUUGCUGGACUUUCUUGGGCGCCCUGACGCCUUCUUCACAACAAUUGAACCUCUCUCCUUGAAGUUCUUGAUGAUCCGAUAAAUGGUUGAUUUAGGUGCAAUCUUACUAGCAGCAAUAUCCUUGCCUGUGAAGCCCUUUUUGUGCAAAGCAAUGAUGACAGCACGUGUUUCCUUGCAGGUAACCAUGGUUGACAGAGGAAGAACAAUGAUUUCAAGCACCACCCUCCUUUUAAAGCUUCCAGUCUGUUAUUCUGACUCAAUCAGCAUGACAGAGUGAUCUCCAGCCUUGUCCUCGUCAACACUCUCACCUGUGUUAACGAGACAAUCACUGACAUGAUGGCAGCUGGUCCUUUUGUGGCAGGGCUGAAAUGCAGUGGAAAUGUUUUUGGGGGAUUUAGUUCAUUUUCAUGGCAAUGAGUGACUUUGCAAUUCAUCUGAUCACUCUUCAUGACAUUCUGGAGUAUAUGCAAAUUGCCAUCAUCAACACUGAAGCAGCAAACUUUGUGGAGACCAAUACUUGUGUCAUUCUCAAAAUGUUUGACCACGACUGUAGAUCAGCACUCCUACUCUGAGAUGCUUGAUAUUAAACGGCCCCCUGAUCUGCGUACAUACCGUAACAUCUCUGUUCCCUCUCACCCAGGAGGUGUACAAGGACGCCAACUCGCAGGUGCACACGCUGCGGCGGAUGGUGAAGGAGAAGGACGAGGCCAUCCAGAGGCAGUGCAACCUGGAGAAGAAGAUCCACGAGCUGGAGAAGCAGGGCACCAUGAAGAUCCAGAAGAAGGGCGAUGGGGACAUCUCCAUCCUGCCGUCGCCGCCCGCCCCCGGGGGCCCGCUGGUGGCUGGCAUGGAGGUUGUGCCAGGGGUCUAUAACGGGGGCACGGUCAGCCCAAUGGGGUCAAAUGGGGUCCCGGGGAUGCCCGCGCCGCCCCCUCCUCCUCCUCCCCCACCACCUGUUCCUGGAAUCGGUAGGUGGAGUACUAGACCAAUCCCGGCUUAGUUUACUGUUUAGUCCCAGACGGUAGCUAAACAGUCUGGAUUGCUAGUUGCUAGUUUCACAACAUGCCCUUAAAUGUUUUGCUGUUCCAUCUCUGGCAUAUGAGUUGUGACAAACAGACGCAGAGGCGGAGCUGGGGAAAGCCAGCCGAGAGAGAGAGAGAGGGAGGGAGCAGAGCAGUUUUUACUCUGCUGAUUAAGUCUCAAUGGGAGACAGCACUUGGCAUGUUGUCAUCUCAAUUCCACCCUUAGUUUCUCUCUUUCUCUCUCUCGCAUUCCCUCUGCUCCUAUUUGUUCAUCCUCUUCUCUAUUUCUCUCCCUCUCUUUCAGUGCCAAAUGGGCCUUUGGCUGUUCCCGCCGCUCCUCCCCCUCCCCCCCCCCCCCCCCUCCUCCCCCGCCUCCCCCCGGCCCCAUGGAGGUGUCUGCGCCCCUGCCCCCGCCUCCACCCCCCAUGGCCCCCCCGCUUCCUGGCUGUGGAUCCCCCACCGUCAUCUUCAAUUCAGGGUUAGCAGGUAAGGUCAUCGCACUCAGACGCCGCUAUGACGACUAUGCGUGUGGAUGUGGAUGAAUCACACUGUACCAGACAAUGGGAGAUGGGUUUUCAUGAUAAGCUUUUGUUCUGUUAAUGUAUGUUGAUGGUAUUGGCUAUCAGCGAUCUCAAUGACAAACCUCUUUUUAUUACAUUUAUGAACCGUCAUUAUCAAGUGUUGACGAUCUGAUCUGUAGAAUUUUCUCAGCCCUUAUCAUAAUAUGUCACUGAAAGGACACCCAUGUGCUCUCCAUUGCUUCUAAAUUCACAAUCUAAGUCUAUACUAUGUUGCCUCAUUGAUUGAACAGUGUGUGUGGGUGUGACUGACAGUAGUAGAACCGUAGAACAGGAGCCAAGCCUCCUGAGAUCCUCGAGGCCUUUUCAACCCUGCUUUCCUCCUGUCACAGCAGUCGUCCUGUAUCAGUGUGUCUGAUGCUGUUUACUCAAAGCUAUUUCAAGCUGCUUGACUUCCUGGAUAUCAGGGCCAUCUGGACACUGGGCAGCCAUGACUCAGUGCUGAUGGGACAGCUAGUCAGGCUCCUUGACCUAUCACUCACCUCCUUAACCUAUCACUCACCUCCUUAACCUAUCACUCACCUCCUUAACCUAUCACUCACCUCCUUAACCUAUCACUCACCUCCUUAACCUAUCACUCACCUCCUUAACCUAUCACUCACCUCCUUAACCUAUCACUCACCUCCUUAACCUAUCACUGCAGCCUUUGACCAGUUGAUACAGAGAUGCAAUGUGACACAAGAUCAUUACAGAAUUUGUGACUAUUGUCUAAAGAAUCUACCAUUUAGAAUGACAGUAAUAGCAUUAGUACACUUUGAACUAUAAAGCUUGUUUUGAACACACACAGGAAUGGUUGGUUUGGUAUCUAGUAGGGAUGUAUUAUUCUACUAAGCUCUCUUUCUCUCUUUAAAAUGGAAGCAAAAUAUUAUUUUGUUCUUAAUGAUUUCUCUGGUUGUUUUUCUCUCUAUUUUUGUUUUCUGCCGACCAGAGGGACCCAUCAAACUGUUCUGUAGGUUUUCUCUGUCAUGUGGUUGUGUUUUUACCGUUCCUCCCCUCCGGAGUAUUUGGAAAUGGUAUUUUUAGUCUCAACCUCAAACGUGAAGACAGUCAAGACACACACACACACACACACACACACAUACACACACACACACACACAGGAAGAGGGUCCACAUGAAGAGAUGGCCACUUAUGCCCUAGGCACUAUGUUGAUGAUUCUUUCAGUCUAGCCAAGCAAGAAAUUGGACUCUUUGUUUCAUGCGUUCUCUUUGAAUUCGCUUACGACUGUUUGCAAACUCCCCCCAAAUAUUAUUUACUCUUCACUGCUGGACUGUAAAAGGCUUGAGCACACCAAAAUAUGAAACAACAGUCUCCCCACAAAACAUGGACCACCGGACAUGGACUCCUGGUAGCAGUCAUUUGUCAACAUUAUGGGAUCCUGAAAUGCUGGUCCUUAGCCUGUCAAAUGUAAUGGGACUAGACAAAGUACAGUCUUACUUAGUCUUGACAGAUGUGAUGGGAAAGCACUGAAAAUGCCAUAUUUCCAACUCCUGCUCAGUCUCCCUGCUGUACUGUAGCGUGUGUGUGUGUGCCUGUGUGUGUUUUAUUGUGAUAUCUGGUAGUGUCUGUUGUUGCAUGCUGAAACACAUUGACGUGCCGUUGCAGGCAGGCUGAUGAUGACAGUAAGAUAGGAGAGUGUUGCACAAGCCUGGAAUGCCCUGGUUGUCACCCUCUCCAGUCCUUAUCCUUAUCUCUUUGCCCCACCACCAGCGGUACCUCUGUCGGUCGGUCUGUCUGUGUGACUCGUUGCAUCACGAGUAUGGCCAUAAUCCUAGUCUAUAAAAACAGAAUCUGCUACUGUGCCAGGGAUGACAAGCCUAGCCAUUUGCACAUUCAAUAUCAUAGCUAACUCAAUUUGGUGUCCCCCAAGGCUCUAUUCUGGGCCCACUACUGAAUGCGACAUCUUGGUUAAGUAAAGAUUAAAUCAAUAAACUGUAGUGUCUAUGGCUAGCAGUACAGAGACUGUGCUCCACAGAAAUGACUGUGGAGCACCUCUCCAGCUUUCUCUGUGGGAUUUUAAUGAAUGGACUCUUCAGCCUCCUGUCACAGCAGGGGGAGGCAUCUCCAUGUGUGCCACCACCUCCAGUCACAUAAAAUGUCCCAAAUGGCAGCCUAUGCCCUUUAUAGUGCACACCUUUUGAGCAGAGCCCUGGUCACAGUUAGUGCACUAUAAAGGGAAUAGGGUGCCAUUUGGGAAGCAGACCCUGUCUACCCCUCCAUCACACGACCGUGCACUGUGUGUUUGUGAGCGUGAUGAUAGACAUAGUAGAUAGAGUGCUUGCUGAAUCAUUUAUCUGUGUUUUGCUGUGCAGCCGUAAAGAUUAAGAAGCCCAUCAAGACCAAGUUCCGUUUGCCUGUGUUCAACUGGGUGGCACUGAAGCCCAACCAAAUUAACGGCACUGUGUUCAACGAGAUCGAUGACGAGAGGAUACUGGAGGUAGGGAACCGUCCACUCACCCUCACAUAUAUGCACUUCACACUUGGACCUACUAUUAAAGCUAUGUUGGUCUACUGUACUUCAAACAACAUGUAGGCUAUCCACCACAGGGCAGGUUGCUUAGGACUCAAACCUUCUCACUUGAUGUGUGUCUUCAACCUCAGGACCUGAACGUGGAUGAGUUUGAGGAGAUGUUUAAGACGAAAGCCCAGGGCCCGGCCAUCGACUUGACAAUGAGCAAGACCAAGGUCAUCCAGAAGGGGCCCAACAAGGUGGCGCUGCUGGACGCCAACCGGGCCAAGAACAUGGCCAUCACCCUGAGGAAAGUGGGCAAGGCCCCAGAGGAGAUCUGCAAGGCCAUUCAGCUGUAAGACACCAUGGACUCUUCGGUUGCAUCCCAAUGGCACCCUAUUACUUAUAUAGUGCACGACGCUGGUCAAAAGUAGUGCACUAUAUAGGGAAUAGGGUGCCAUUUGGGAUGUCAUUUCUUGUUGUCUUCUAUUAUAAAUGAGGGUCCAUUUGGUUACAGUGGUGUGUGUGUGUGUGUGUGUGUGUGUGUGUUUGUGUGUGUGUGUGUGUAUGUGUGUGUGUGUGUGUGCUUGUUAGCCUUUAUUUAGGUUGUGUCUGCAUAGCGUGUGUGUGUCUGUGUCUCCAGUCUGCAUAUGAACUGCUAAACCACCCCCACCCCCCUCCCGUCAGGUUUGACCUGCGCACCCUGUCGGUGGACUACGUGGAGUGUCUGAUGCGCUUCCUGCCCACGGAGAACGAGGUGAAGAUCAUGCGUCAGUACGAGAAGGAGAGGAAGCCCGUGGAGGCGCUGACGGACGAGGACCGUUUCAUGAUGCACUUCAGCAAGAUCGAGCGGCUCAUGCAGAAGAUGACCAUCAUGGCCUUCAUUGGCAACUUCUGCGAGAGCGUGCAGAUGCUGACACCGGUGAGGCCCGGGACUCCAUGGUUCUUCCCCAAAUGGCAACCUAUUCCCUACAUAGUGCACUAUUUUUGAGAAGAGCCGUAUGGGCCCUGGUCAAAGUAGUGCACUAAAUAGGGAUUUGAUUGAGGUUAGGAGGAUUGGCUUUUCAUGAGUUUGACUUAUUCUCCUCUGGUCUGACUUUUGUUCUACUUCCGUCUUUCUUAUUCUUUACAGCAACUCCAUGCGGUUAUCGCAGCAUCUGUGUCAAUAAAAUCCUCACAGAAACUCAAGAAAAUUCUUGAGGUAAGCUACUCAUUACAGAAUUCUAUGCGUCGAAAAUAUUGUUCCUGGCGACCUUCUGUGUUGAUGUUCUAAUAUGCCGUUUUUUCUCUCCAGAUUAUCUUGGCUCUUGGAAACUACAUGAACAGCAGUAAAAGAGGAGCAGUAUACGGUUUUAAACUACAAAGUUUAGAUUUGGUAGGAGAUUCUUUCUCCCAAAUGUAUCGCUAGUGCAUAACGUUCUUUACGAUUGCUACUAGUGCACUAUUACAUAGGCAAUAGGGUGCCACUUGGGACGAUACCACUAUCUUUACACUUUUUUUAACCCUCUCAUUCCCCCCAGCUGCUAGACACCAAGUCGACAGACCGGAAAAUGACUCUGUUGCACUACAUAGCCAACGUGGUGAAAGAGAAAUACCACCAAGUCAACCUGUUCUACAAUGAGCUGCAUUAUGUGGAGAAGGCUGCAGCAGGUACGAUUCACAAUACAGCUAAGUGUGAUUACAGCGAUGAAGGGCUGAUGAUGAGUCCCAAAUGGCACCCUAUUCCCUAUAUAGUGCACUACUUUUGACCCAUGGCCCUGGUCAAAAGUAGUGCACUAAAUAGGGAGUAGGGUGCUAUUUAGGACAUAUCCCUAAUGAUCAGUCAUCGCGGUGGAUUUGGACAGGAUUGUAGCCUGUCUUUGGUCUGCAGGCAUUUCUAUUGCACUGUAUCUGUAGUCAUCAUCUCAGAGAAUGGAUUGUGAUGUUGUUCUCUUGUUGGGGCAUUGACUCCUCCGUGCUGUGUGUUGCUCUAGAGAGCUGUGCUGUAAGCAUACAGAGGUAUGGCCCUGCUUACUGGGGAGUACCCUGCUUUGAACAGUAUCCACUUCUGUGUGUGUGUAUCUGUGUGUGCAUACGUGUGUGUGGGCGUGCAUGCCUGUGUGUGUGCGUGUUUGUGCCUGUGUGCAUGUGUGUGAUCAUCCUGUUUUGUGUGUGUGUGUGUGUGUGUGUGUGUGUGUGUGUGUGUGUGUGUGUGUGUGUGUGUGUGUGUGUGUGUGUGUGUGUGUGUGUGUGUGUGUGUGUGUGUGUGUGUGUGUGUGUGUGUGUGUGUGUGUGUGUGUGUGUGUGAUCCCAGUGUCGUUAGAGAACGUUCUGCUGGAUGUGAAGGAGCUCCAGCGGGGCAUGGACCUGACCAAGAGAGAAUACAGCAUGCAUGGUCACAAUACCAUGCUCAAAGACUUCAUCACACACAACGAGGGCAAGCUCAAAAAGCUGCAGGACGACGCCAAGAUCGCACAGGUAAACCUCACCUCGCUGAAUAUCUCAUGCGCAACUAAGACAGCAACAGUUGAACUAAGCUCACAAGACAUUUAUAAAUUAGAUUCUUCAAGAAUCAAUGGUUAUAUGUCAUUUAUCCCAAAAGUCCAAAUAUGCAUGGACCAAUCCCAGAUUGCCCCUUUAAAGGUUUAUAUGUUUUAUCAACUAUUACCUUUAUGAUCGUCAGAUGAUAAAGAACAUUGUAAGGAAAUCACGAAUGCAAAAUGUGCUAUUUGUCUCUGACAGGACGCCUUUGACGAGGCCGUCAAAUUCUUCGGCGAGAAUUCCAAAACAACGCCCCCGUCCGUGUUCUUCCCGGUGUUUGUGCGCUUCGUCAAGGCCUACAGGGUGAGACUGACGUUCCUCUCUUACACACCCCUCAGACUGUCCCAAACCCACACACUACGCUGGGCGCUGGUACGGCAGUGUGUUUGAGCCCUCUGUCUAAACGUGUGUGUGUGUGUGUGUGUUCUGUCAGCAAGCGGAGGAGGACAACGAGCAAAGGAAGAGAGCAGAGCAGAUGAUGAUGGAGAAGCUUCUGGAGCAGGAGGCCAUGCUGGACCAGGAGGACCAUAAGGUAAGUUCUCCCUCCUUCCUCCCCCUCUCUUCUCACUCCCCUCUCUCCUUCUCCCUCCCCACCCUCUUCCCAGAAGGUAAGCUGUCCUACCUCCUGCAUCUCUCUCCCUCCAUCCCCUUCCACCCCGUCUCCCUCCUCUCCUUCUCCCUCCCUCCCCCUCUCCUACCCCCUCAUCCCCCAGGACUAACGAUGGGAGGAUAAUCUCCUGCUGGCAGGGCAGCUAUAUUAGGUACUGUAGACACCUAGUGUGUCACAUCAAGUCAGUAUCAGCCAGUAUAUAACCAGUACAUUUAAACAGUUAGUAAACCAACCAGUAAAUAUAAACAGUAUAUAUAAUAUAUACAGUAUAACCUUUCCAAUGGACACAUUAGAACGUAGACGUCUAGCUAAGGGUCCAGCUUUUACAGCAGUGUGAAAUACAAUGUUGGAGAUUCACACAGGGACAUCGCUAUGCUGUUUGAAUAGUUGAUAAAGGUGCCUUGUGAUUUGACUGUGUGUGUGAUCUCCCCACCAGUCUCCUUCCCAUAAGAACACCAGGGGCAGGAGUCAGCAGCAGGAGGUGAUAGCUGAGCUGAGGAAGAAGCAGGUGAAGGAUACGGGCAGCCGCCACGUCUACGAGGGCAAGGAUGGAGCCAUCGAGGACAUCAUCACCGGUAAAGAGGACCGGGGCCAAUCACCAUCAGUUCUACAAUCACACACACACCUUACUUAUACGUCACAUGCAUCCACAUGUAUACACACACACACACACACUCAUGCGCACACGGGCAGGCCACCAGUGUGCAGAAGAAGCUCUCUCCCUGCUCUAGUACACUAGAGUGGUUAAGACACAAACUUACACACUGGGCGCUCUACAUGCAGGUCCUCUCCUGUGCUCCAAUCCAGUCUCAUUCAAUCAUUAACAAUGCGUAUCUAAACCACUAAUAAGUACCUCUUAACUAUUGAACAGAUUGAACUGUCAAUGAUUCAAUCCAAAGGCUUUACUUAACCUUAAUCAUACGAUAAAAACAUGCAUUGACUGUCCAGCUAACCUAACCUAGACACUUGGAGCCGGCUCAAAUGUGUGUAGGAUCAUUAUCUGCUAUCUGUCGUAGCUUUGCAACAGUUAGUGGUGUCUGCUAUCUGUCGUAGCUUUGUAACAGUUAGUGGUGUCUGCUAUCUGUCGUAGCUUUGUAACAGUUAGUGGUGUCUGCUAUCUGUCGUAGCUUUGUAACAGUUAGUGGAUCCCCAUCUGUCGUAGCCUUUGAACAUUAGUGGUGUCUGCUAUCUGUCGUAGCUUUGCAACAGUUAGUGGUGUCUGCAACUGUCGUAGCUUGUAACAGUUAGUGGUGUCUGCUAUCUGUCGAGCUUUGUAACAGUUAGUGGUGUCUGCUAUCUGUCGUAGCUUUGUAACAGUUAGUGGUGUCUGCUAUCGGUCGUAGCUUUGUAACAGUUAGUGGUGUCUGCUAUCUGUCGUAGCUUUGUAACAGUUAGUGGUGUCUGCUAUCUGUCGUAGCUUUGUAACAGUUAGUGGUGUCUGCUAUCUGUCGUAGCUUUGUAACAGUUAGUGGUGUCUGCUAUCUGUCGUAGCUUUGUAACAGUUAGUGGUGUCUGCUAUCGGUCGUAGCUUUGUAACAGUUAGUGGUGUAGACGGGCCGGGCUUAGAGUAUAGUCUCCAGACCAGACACCAUGGUUACGUCCCAAAUGGCACCCUAUUCCCUAUGUAGUGCACUAUGUUUGACCAGAGACCUAUUGGGCACUAUACAGGGCAUAGGGUGCAAUUUGGGACGCAACCCAUGUAUUGAUCUGCUUUAUUAAAAUACACGACCCAUCCAUUCCACUGUAGACCCUUAGUCAACACAGAGAAGACAUAUACAACCCUAGGCCAUUUACAUUCUGUGUGGUGUGGCAUAUAUAAUAAUAUUAACACUAAUUCUCUAUAACAAUCAAACAUAACUGUAUUCUAACUGACAAGCUAAAAGCCUGUCCUGUAACAUUUUAACAUUGGUGCUCCAUAAGAUACAGUUGAAUAGCCCUAAGGUCGCAAAAUGUAGGUAAUUUCCCCAAAAUACCCAGGUUUUCCAGAAGUCCCAGUUGGAAGAUUCCCGGAAUCAGGAGGGGAUACGCAGGAAGUCCAGGAAUCCUCCAAACGGGAUUUCUGGAAAACCUGGGAAUUUGGGGAAAGUUCCUGCAAUUUUGCAACCUUAAGCAGCCCUGACGGCCUAGAUUAGACUGUAACCCUCUAUAGAAUGUGUUAAUGUCUCUCUGCGCCAGUCUUCUAAUGCUGUAGGGUGCUAACCUGUGCUAAAAUCCUGUAGAUGUGUGCUACUCCUUACUGUCUUGUCUUAGUUGUUGUUGUUGUUUCAAUGCAGUGCUGAAGACAGUGCCCUUUACCGCCCGCACAGCCAAACGGGGCUCUCGGUUCUUCUGCGAGCCCACUCACAAUGAGGAGAACCAUUACUAAAGCUUAGAACUGUCUCUCUGAAAGGUUGCUGUAAAUUCAGUGCUCUCGUUCUUCUUCUCUCACUCUUUCUCCGUACUCUCACAGUGUGUUGUGUUCCCUCUCACUCUGUCACUCUGCGUGUCACUGUCAGUCGUGUGUGUGUGUGUGUGUGUGUGGCGUGUCGGCGUCACUAUCUCCGCCCCUUCUAGCAUGGGGAGGAAUGGGUUUGUGGGAGGAGUCUCCGAUGUCCCCUCCGUUACCCUGCAUGAAGCGAGUCAUCCCCGUUAAAUAUGUACUACCUCAUCCAUUUGUAUCAUCAACCAUAGCAAACCAUAAUGUCACAGAAAUGUUCCUAGCAGCCAGUCAGUCAGGCCGUUGACAUUUGCCCUGAGAAGAGUAAGAUGGGUAGAUGGGUUAGAAAUCUACCAUGUCUCAUUCUGUACAGUACUAGUAAUACAGCAGCAUUGUAGAGUACAUGUCAAUGGGAAAGUAAGGUAAGCGCCCUCUACUGUUAAAAAAGAGGAAGUGCAUCCUAGGCCGUAGCCCAACGGAUCUCACUGGCUAUCAUCCCAAAAAGUUUACACUGCUAUAUGUUAUGUUGACUAGUAUUAGUGCCAGUAGUUUUGCUAUAUAGUAAUAGUUCUGCUUUAGUAUAUAUCAUAUACUAGUCAGUAUUGUAAUCAGCAUAGCAGAGUAUUAUUUGCCUAUAAUUAUAUAAUAAUUAAUCAUUUAUUGUCAGUUAUGAUGUAUUGAUAGUCUUGACUUAUUUUAAAAUGGAUGUGGCAUUAUACCUUGCUUGUGUGUUCAUCUGUCUAUCAUGAAAACUGAGUGUUGUGUUCAUGUAUUACUGUGCUGUUGGUUGGGUUCCUGCAUGCCUCUGGCUUUCUCCUGCUUCAAACCCACAAUACCCUCUGUUCCCAGUUCCCCUAGCUCUGGUCCAGGGUAUUAUGUGUGGCUGAUUCUGAGCCUUGAAGCUACACGUAAUGCCCUGGACCAGAGCUACAGUUUCCCUUGCCUUGUGCUUGGCUCAAACUCUUUGGUGCUGGAUCAUAUUCGUAUCACAUGACUUUCUGUGGUCUGUCUUGUCACUUUUCUAACAUAUUGCAUGACGCAUGAAUUAUUAAUUUCUGACACGUGUUAUUGGUCUUGGAUUGCACAUUCAUUUCCAUUGUGUGCAACUAACAUACAGCCAGAUACAUGUCCUGAAUAGCUGUUGAGCAAUUUAAAGGGAAAGGCCUCAGUAUUUCUAAAUGUUUCAUAAAUUACAGUUGAAUUCACAUCCUAUGCCCAUGUACCUGGCUGAAUGCAUGCCGUUCUUUGGUUUUUGGUCAGCGUUCUAUUCAACAUAAAACUUUUUAUUGUAUGUUGAAAACAAAUAUUUUCGGUUUGGUUUGUGAUAACUUUGUGCAAAAUGUGAUGGUUGGCUAUAUUUGCUCAUGCUGGUAGUCACUCUGGAAAGCAGCCUGGGUUUUGAGACACAGAUAAACAGAGAGAGAAAAAACGCUUUGAUUUGCUCUUCCUUUGUGCCUGCAGUAUCAAUUAACAGCAUAUCUUAGUAAGCUCUGCCCCUCUAACACCUUAGUCCUGCCCUGUCCUUUCCUGUCCCCUGACCUCUGCCCUCCCAUUUGCCGCUUUGCUCGCUCACAAGGCCACUGUGAAAACACCCCUCUGGUCACCCUGCUUCUUUAACCUCCAUUUUGUCUUCUCUUCAUCCAUCCAGCCCUAAAGAAGAAUAACAUUACUAAAUUUCCCAAUGUCCACUCGAGGGUAAGGAAUUCCUCCAAUAGCACCCCUGUGGUGAUGGAUGUGUCCCAGACCUGGCAAGCAUCUCUUUUUUUUACCUCCCUUCCCUUAAGUUACCUACCGCUGAGGGCUUUCUCUACUUCGUACUAGACUGCCUGUGUUGGUCCCCCUCCCUCCUUUCUGUUCACCCUCCAUUUCCUAAUAAAGUUAUAGACAAAUGUUGCAUGUCUAAAUUCAAAGAAUGCAAAUUCAGUGUAAAAUGCCCUUUAUGGGAAAUUAUUACUUUCCCUUUUUUCCCCCUGAUUGUUAAACAUGGGAAAAUGUUGCAUAUUUUUUUGGGGGAAAGGUAUUGGGGGGCACCUGUCCAUAGCUUGUGUUUUUUUAUCGAUAGUGACAGAAGGACUAGUAAAUAUGAAAAAUGUCAAAUCAAUAAGGCAUUUUCUGUGGGCCUGUUUUUGUCUUCCAUUUAGAGAAGUGAACUGAAGGGGAAUGUUUCUGUAGAACUCAAGCUGCUUUGCCUGAUUGGCUGCCAACACAACCAGCCUCUGUGCUCAUCUGAAGGCCCUGUUAUGUUGACUGACACCUCUUUUAUCCAUCCCCCUCUCCCCCCCCCCCCCCCCUUCGUCCCUCCAUCCCAGAUCUUCGAAAUCAGCCUUACAGGCGAGCCGACGCGGUGAGGAGGAGCGUCAGAAGGCGCUUUGACGACCAGAACUUGCGGCCGGUCAACAACACUGAAGUGGUCAUGUGACGAGGGAACAGUGCAUGUGCUAGGGGGGUAUGAGAGGGGGAGUGAUGUGGAGAAUGUAGCAGCCUCUCACUCUGGAUUGAAAGAGAUGGAUGGACAGAAAGAAAGAUGGACUGAAAGAAAUAAGAUGGAUGGGUCUGAAAGGCCAGUUAUAGGGAACCUUAGACAAGCCAAGUGCCUGAAACAACUUUUCAGUUGUUUUGUUUAUUUUUUAUUACUUCAAGCAAUACAACUUGACCUGGCUUUAAUUGUAUUUUCCUUUGAUGUGUAAAACUGGACACAGAUGUCUGUAGGGGUAAUUCCUGGAAGAAAUUUUUCCUGAAAAAAGUGUAGAAUGUAUAUGUGACACUGUUCCCUUAUGCCUCGGUCACACCUACAGCGUCAUUGCGUUUUGGUACACCAGAAGUACAUUCAUUUCCAAUGGAAUGCUGCGUUUGCCUUGCUGCAUUGCGUUGCAGUGCGUUCUGUGUGGUGCAUACGUCGGAUAAAUCAAACGUAUGCAUCAAAUUGUAUGUGUAGAUGGCUUGACAGAAAUGGUAGCAGUGUGAAUGUUGAACUUUUGUUGCACACAUAUCCAGAUGAUGCUGCAUACCAUUUUGCGCAUUGAUGCUGUAGGUGUGUUCAAGGCGUUAGCUGUCAAAUAGUAUUCCGCCACAGGUGAUGAAUAUGAUAUUCAAUAGCUAGUAUCUUAUUACAUUCCUGGUGCUACUGCCAUUGCUCUUGGAAUUCCAACAAUGUCCUCGAGUGGCACUUUUAAAAAAACGUAUUAGCUUUUCCAUCGUUACUAAAGGGCUAAUGACCUUAUUAAAGGGGACAU